GGGUUAUUUCCAUAAAGUAGGCUUUCCUUUGGAGUUUGAAGCGGUUGACACUUUUUGAAUGGUUAUUAAGAUGACCCUUACGAAUUUCUGUGGGUGAAAACAUUGUAAGAUUGAAAUUGGGGAUAGUACUUUAAUGAAGACUUGUUUCGGUGUGUUUUAACAUACUAACUCAUUGAGAGGUCUAACAAGGGUAUCUGCCGCUACAGCACAGCACAGCUCUAAAACAAGUGACAUAAAAAAAAACAGUGACUCACCGGGAGUUUUUAUGCAUAGGCGGCGGAAGCCAACAUGCAUCCGUGUUUAAAACUUGCUUGUGAACGCUCAAGGGAUGGUUAAGUGGUUCAAGGAAAACGAAAUUUUCUCAGAAGACCAGAAGAUGUCUACGGCAAAGGAGAUAGAAAACGAAAGUGCAUUUGUCGCACCUUCAGACGUUUCCAAGCGAAACUCCAGAGACCUAGACCUCUCUGCUGCACUUGCGUCCAUUCAACUUACUGGGAAGGAGCGGACAGCUUCAUUGGAAUCUGGAUACGCAACUGAAAGCUCCAGUCGCCCCACCAGUGGCUAUGAUUUUGACGGAGCGCCCCAGCCCUCUUCCGGCCCGGCAGUGCUCCACACAUCGAGCUCCGGCAACUCUACUCAACCCACCAUCAACUAUUUCACUGUGCAGAUAACGGGAACAGCAACCAACGUGCAAAUCGGGUCUAACAACAUCAUGGACAUUACCAAAGCUGAGAGUGACAAGAGGAUGGUGCCACUUUCAGAGGAUUUCAUAGCGACCCUCGUCUCCGUUCACGAUCCGGAGGGAGAGGAGCUGAUGUUCCGACGGCUGGCUGACGAGUCGUACCGGCGGGAGUACGUCAGGAGGAUGAGGGAGCAGGACGUGCCGAGUACUAUUGCGGAGGUCGGGCGGGGAUGCAUAUUCCUCAACCUACAGGUGGAAACCCCUGCGGCUGCGCAGAAGCUGCUGGAGAUGUGUCGUGACGGAAGUUACCAUCGGAUCCUGAUGGAGACAUUCCUGCCUGAGUACGUCACUUCCGGGAAACCCGUGGACAUCAGUCUAGCCGUGUCGGUGAAGACCCCGGAUGUCCCACCAGUUCGGGUGACCUUAGUCGAGGAAAGUGAAACUGACCCACAGGACAAAGUAGCUACGGCCACGACUGACCAGCUACAAGCGGUGGAGACAUCUUCUGACAGCCGGGCAUCAGACGGAACCUGCUUGGUGGAUGUAAUCCCUCCUGGUGCAUCCACCACCCGAGCCAAGUCACCUCAGCUGCAGCGGCUUGUAGCUACUGAGGGCCGGCCGAGACAGACCAGCUCUGACUCUGGGCUGGGCUCUGCUGACUGGGACACUGACGAAGAGACUUCUCGAUUCAAGUUCCCUGUCAAGCCGAACACUUCCAGACAAGCACACAAGAAGCCGCCAUUGUAGAAGCCCCAAAUGAUCUCACAUAGACCAGCAAGCGAUAUGGCGACAGCAGUCGCAGGCAACGACCGUUUACGAGACAUGCAUGGGUCGAGAUGACAACCUUGUCUUGGAGGGAGGGGAGGACAGAGAGAUAUCUUAUCUUCGAAUGUGCUUUAAGCUUUAGUAGUUACGAGCUUUUCAUUCUUAUCUUUUUUAAGUAUAUUGUUUUCUUAAAGGCAAAAGUUAAUAACCAUCAUGAACAGAGUUUUCUUCUUUUUGAGUAACUUUUUAUUAUAAUGAACGUUGUUAUAACACAAAGUGAACAAAUUCUGCAUUCUUUUGUAUUGAGAUUUAUGUAUUUCAUCCGGUUUCAAUAGUUUCUACAGAUUGUUAAGUCAAUUAGAAAUAACUUACUUAUGUAUACAACCUCAUUUUCUCAAACGUUUUGACAGUCUGUUUAAUGUGUGGAAGACACUAGCCAGACUGUUGUUCGUAUAGCGGAAACAUAAUCUAGUGCACAGAAGAAAACUAUGCUCAUGUAUUUUUUUUUCUUUGAUACUAUAUAACGAAUCCUUUUUCUUGAUUCAUCAGAUGAGAUUGUACAAAAUGUUUGGUUAACGUUAAUACUUUAAGGCGAAAAAUAUCAAAUUGUACCAGACAUAAAGCUAGAGAUUACCUAUUCCUACGUGCUUAUAUAUUGGUAAAUGGUUCGACUUUCAUACUUAUGACAUAUGUAAUAUCAUUAUCAGUUUACUGUACACCCAACAACAUUUUGUAUAGCUAUUAUUCUUCCGCCAAAUAAUAGAAAUGUCACAUUUUGAUGGAGCUUCCAACCAGUGAAAUAUAAAGCAGAACAUUAGUUGCAUAGUUUAUGUAAAAAAUACAGGAUUAUAUGAUCAAUAA